UCCCAGAGCAGGUCAAACUGCUCAAAAUGCUGCUUUUCCCAGCACCGAGAUUAGCUGCUGCCCUCUGCUAUAAAGGCUGCUGUGAGCAGAGUGAGGUGCACGAGUGUAUGCUCCUAUGCCAGCCAUGCCCACAAAGAAGCUGAUGGUGCUGGUGCUGAUGCUGGUAGCUCUAGGUGCUGCCAAUGGGGCAGAACUGGAAGAGGGGAAGAGCCUGAGAAGGCCAACAUGUGGAGAGAUGGCUGAACUGCAGGCCUGCCCCCUGCUGCACUUGCCGGUCUGUGGGAGCGAUGGGAACACCUAUGCCAAUGAGUGCUUGCUCUGUGUGCAGAAAAUGAAAACCAGGCAAGAUAUCCAGAUUUUGAAUGAUGGGGAGUGUCAAGAUAUCUGAGCCUUCUGGUGCCUUUCCAGUGGCUUUCCUGAGCCUGCAAACAGGUGAUUGAUUGAUGCUGUAUGAUCCGUGUGCCUCACACAUUUCAGUCAGUGAUGGUAAAUAAUAAAACUGCAUACACAAUCUUA